UGCACGUAUAAAACAAUAUAUUGUGUAGUGAAAAUGACAGAAUGAUAAGGAACAGAUAAGGAUUUCCUCAGUUACACUCAAACGAUUCAGUCAUAUGUGUGUGUGUUGUGUCAUUUUUAUAUUAGGCAGUGAAUAUUUUUAUUUAUAUUUUAAAUAGCAUAAGAUGUGACUUGUGAAGUUUUGGAGAAAAGGGUGAAAAUGACGAGUGUUAAGAUCACGGUUGUGGGCGACGGUGUCGUAGGGAAGACUUGUAUGCUAAGUGCUUAUACAACUGGUGUCUUCCCUGAACAGUAUGUACCUACAGUGUUUGAGCACUACGGUCAGAAGAUUACCGUCGAUGACGUCGAAUAUGACAUGACCCUGUGGGAUACUGCCGGUCAGGAGGACUACGAACGGCUCAGACCCCUUUCAUACCCACACACCUGCUGCUUCUUGAUAUGUUUUUCCGUCGACAAAAACUUGGCGUCUUACGACCACGUUGUGAUGAAAUGGGCUCCCGAAGUCAGACAUUUCAGUCCCAACGUGCCGAUAGUUUUAGUAGCGACGAAAACAGACUUGAGGGACGACCCCAGUAUAGCUUGCUAUUCGCCAGAGGAAGGCCGAAAGCUGAAAAGGAAGGUGAAAGCCCAAAGUUACAUGGAAUGCUCGGCGUUACGUAACGAGGGUUUGAAAGAGGUUUUCAUAGAGGCCAUCAGGGUGUACCGGAAGAGUAAAAAUAAGAAACCUGCCACGAGGCAGUGUCAGAUUUUGUAACGAUAUUUAUGUUUUGUAUACUUUAUUAAUGAUAUGAAUACUUAUGCAUAAUCCGUUCGUCCAGCCUUGUCUUAAAAGUUUCGUCGCAGAUAAAAAAAUCUCACUCCACCUCAUGUCUACAAAGUAGCAACUCAUCAAAUGGGGCGAAGUCACGCAAAUAUGAAAUUAAAAAAUAAAACACAAAACCUUAUUUUUUUUUAAAUAUUGACCAACUUUUAAGCAAGGCUAGCUAAACGUCCUAGAAUUGUAAAAGAUGAUUUUUUAACAAUUGUUUUGUUAUUAUUUAAGAGCUUUUUCAAAAUAAAAUACUCCACAUAUGUAAAGCUAUUACUCAA